AUGCUCAGCCUGUACACCGUUCUGCUGGGACUGCUGAUCCUUCUGCCCCUCCUGGGAAACCUCUUCUUCCCCUAUGCUUGGCAGGACCUGACCUUUAUUUUCCUCAAUGUGCGUUUGGGAUACAGAAGCAAGAAGUGUCUCGAACGCAGCCCACCCUUUAUUUUCCUGGAUGUCUUCUUGGAAAAAGUCCAGAAACACCCAGAGAAGCCCCUGGUGCUCUUUGAAGAUGAGGUCUAUUCCUACCGGGACAUUGACAGGCUCAGCAGCCAGGCGGCCAGAGUGUUCCAGAGCCACCUAGGGCUGAAAGAGGGGCAAACAGUGGCGGUUUUCUUGAAGAACAUCCCUGCCUAUCUCUGGGUCUGGAUGGGACUAGAGAAGAUUGGUUGUGCCAUGGCAUGCAUCAACUAUAACAUCCGCUCGAAGUCUCUUUUGCAUGUGCUCAGCUCUUGUGAGGCCAAAGUGCUACUGACAACUCCAGAUUUCAAAGCUGCCCUUGAGGAUAUCCUGCCCACCCUAAAGAAUGAAGGAGUACAAGUUUUCUACCUCAGUGAUGACUCCCCCACUAAGGGUACGGAAGCUUUGCUAGAGAAGAUCAAGUCCAGUUCUGCUGAACCAGUGCCUGUUUCCUUCAGAGCCAAUGUAACCUCCAAAUCCACAUCCCUGUAUAUUUUCACCUCUGGAACCACAGGGCUACCAAAAGCUGCUGUCAUCACCCAGAUGAAAGUGUUCAGUGGGCCUAUUUUGUUCAACUGGUGUAGAGUCCAUUCCAAGGAUAUCGUUUACAUCCCACUCCCGCUAUACCAUGCGGCUGCGCUUCUUGGGGUUGUAGGAUGCAUGGAUAUUGGAGCCACAUUUGUCCUGAAGUCCAAGUUCUCUGUUUCCCAGUUCUGGGAUGAUUGCAGGCGAUACCACGUCUCUGUGAUUCAGUAUGUGGGAGAAAUGAUGCGCUACCUCUGUAAUGCACCAAAGAAGGACAGUGACCGUGAUCACAGUGUGCGACUGGCAUUGGGCAAUGGCAUGCGAGUGGAGGUUUGGAAGCAGUUCCUAUGCCGAUUUGGAUCCAUAAAAAUCUGGGAGUUCUAUGGAGCUACAGAGGCGAACAUUGGGUUCAUUAACUACACAGGAAAACUUGGAGCUGUGGGAAAGACCAGCUUCCUCCACAAGAAAAUGACACAGUUUGAACUUCUUCAAUAUGAUGUUGACCAGGAUGAGCCCAUGAGGAAUGAGAAAGGGUAUUGCAUCCCAGUGGCUGCAGGUGAGACAGGCUUGCUGGUGGGCAAGAUCACAAAGGGCAGCCCAUUCUGUGGCUAUGCUGGAGACCCCCAGAAGACAGAGAAAAAGAUUCUCCGGGAUGUCCUGAAGAAAGGAGACUGCUACUUCAAUAGUGGUGACCUCCUGAUGAAAGACCAUGAGGGCUUUAUAUACUUCCAGGACCGUGUGGGAGACACUUUCCGCUGGAAAGGAGAGAAUGUGGCCACUACGGAAGUUGAAACAACCCUGACAACACUUGAGUUUAUCCAGGAAAUCAAUGUAUAUGGGGUACCAGUGCCAGGUCAUGAAGGAAAGAUCGGGAUGGCAGCCAUAAGUCUGAUGAAAGGGUUAUCCUUUGAUGGAAGGCAGCUGUACAGACAUGCCAAGGAUUACUUGCCCAACUAUGCCAUACCUCACUUCAUCCGCAUCCGGGAGGCCUUGGAGAUCACAGAAACUUUCAAGCAGUGCAAAAGCCAACUGGUGAAAGAAGGCUUCGAUCCUGCUGCCAUCAGUGAUCCCCUCUUCUUCCUGGAUGACUCAGAAAAAUGUUACAUACCGAUGACUCUGCAGAUUUACAAUGCCAUCGCAGAGAUGAAAGUGAAACUGUAAAGGGGACUUCCAGGCAUGGUGGUUCUCCUUAAUUAUUCUUAGGGACACCCAGGAGACCCCAAGGACACCUACAGUUUGUUUGGUUUUUUGCUUCUUGACUCCUGACUGGGAAUGGAGGAAUCACUUCAAAUUAUUAUUUGAUUUUUUAAAAUAGUGUAUAAGAAGAAAUUAUAUUAAUUUUAAAAAUAACCAGAUACAGAUCAUCACAAUAAAACUAUAUUUUUUCAUUAAAUUAAGGAGGAGAGCUCCUUAAUGUAAAUUAAAUUUAAAUUAAGGAGAGGAGAUUUGGUCUUGUGGUAGCAAGCAUGACUUGUCCCCUUAGCUAAGCAGGGUCCACCCUUUUGCAUAUGAAUGGAAGACUUGAUGUCUGCACACUGUAAGAUAUUCCCCUUGAGGAUGGGCCAGCUCUGGGAAGGGCAUCCCUCCCUGGCAUCUCCAAGAUAGGGCUGAGAGAGACUUCUGCCUGCAACCUUGGAGAAGCUGCUGCCAGUCUAUUUAGACAAUACUGAGCUAGAUGGACCUAUAGUCUGACUCAGUAUAUGGCAGCUUCCUAUGUUCUUAAAUCUCUGCAUGACAGAGUGUAUUUAGCAAUAAAGAUAAAAGGAGACAAAAAAGAAUUUGAACACAUGAUAAAUCUAUUAACUGCCUAAAGAGUUAAUAUUGUAAAUGGUAUUGGUUAAAGUGCACAUUUCGUAAACAAAUCAGUGCAUUCCAGUUUUUAUAAUGAGUUUUAACAUUACUUAUCCCUUCCUUUCCGGUACCUCAACAAAUGAGUAAGUUUUACCAAGUAUAAAGUAUGCCAGAGCCAGUGCAGCCAAUCUGGUAUACUUGGAUUCUCAGUCUCUUUCCAUUUGCUAAUAACCUCAGCUCCUACAGCUACUUAAAGAUUAACUACUACUUCUGUGAUAUUCUCCUUGUGUAUCCUAAAAGAUAUAUUGUUUGAGUGGGAUUUUAAAUGAGGACACAAGUCUUACAAUAACAGGUGCCCUGGUUAUAAAUUGUCUUUUUUGGGUGGCUUCUCCAUGAAGCUGGGUGAGGCAAUGGCCUGGUUCAUACAUAACCUGUGGUUCCAUGACCCUACCCCACUCUUCUGCCUGUGUUUGGAUGUACUGGAGAGCAGUCUCUCUGCAGUCAGCGAGACUGCAGAGAGGUGAGGGAGCUUCCUUCUUGACAGAAGGACAGCCUGCACAGCCAAUCGGGUCAGAGUUCCUCCCUCAGCUGUGACGAGCACAAACUGUGGUGCCAGCGUUUCUACAUAACGCUGGCACUGCAGAAAUGGAGUUUGCGGUGGUCAAAAUCCACUCUGACUGAAGGUUCAGAGUGGAGUUUGGCGAGGGAAAACGCAGGACGCUUUCCCCCAGUUCAGGCAUUCAGAUUUGGGAACUGGAGGUGAAGGGACCUAUGGUUUCCCAUUACGUAUGAAUGGGGCUAAUGUCACACAGGACCAGGUUUAACUGAGGUUCUGAAGUACCUCUCUGCAUCAGUUCAGUAUUGAAAUUUAAUAAAUAAAUGAAUAAAAUAAAUUAAUAAAAAACAAAUUGAAAUAAAUAAAUAAUGUACAGUAUA